UGUAAACUAGAAUCAAAAAUAGUUGUGAAUUUGGUUAGAGAGGCAAAAAAAGCCGUAGAUAAAAUGUCACGUCACAGGAAUGUCAGGUCAAUGGACUACAAGGAAGAAUACGAUGGCUAUGAUGAUGUGUUUGGCCACUCGGUGGACGACGAGGGGUGCAUCUCGCCCACGGACGCUCAGCAGUGGAUCUACGAUCGCGCUCGCGGUCAGCAGAGCAUCGUGAACUUCAUGGCAUCAAACAGGGACAUUCAGGAGGAGGACGAGGGCCGCGAUGACGAGGAGCACGAGAAGGAGCGCAGAGACUCGGAGAGUUAUCAGCUUCCGGAGUUGCCAGAGGAGGAAUUGGCGCGCCUGCUGUCGUGCAUGGACGAGAUCCGGAGCAUUGUGGGAGAUUCUGUGUCGGAGAAGCGCCUCGUGGAGACGAUAAUGCACUUUCAGUACGACAUGACGCGCGCUCUGGACAGCAUUCUCAAUCCGGCACCACAGACAGCGGCGACGGCCUCGGCGAAGGCGCCCGACAAGGAGGCGAGCAGCGCCAUGGAGAAAGGCGUGGGUCCGAGAUUGCUGGAGAAGUUCACGAAGCCCUUGGCGGCCCCAACGGUCACCGUCACUCCCACAACGGACAGGACGAAUGUGAAGCGAGGUUUCGAGGUGAACUCACCGAAUAUCCAGUCGCCGGUGAUGUCCGGACGCAACACGCCGGAGAUUGGGGAUGAAGGCAGGACGCCGAGUCGUGCUGGUGCCAAAGAGAGUCAGCGCAAUGCCCAGGAGAUGUACCAGAAGGAGCGCAAGUCGGGCAAGAGUCACAUUCAUAUGGUGGUGAUUGGACAUGUGGACGCCGGCAAGAGUACGCUGAUGGGACAUCUGCUCUUCGAUCUGGGCAACGUGCCGCAGCGCGUGAUGCACAAGUAUGAGCAGGAGAGCAAGAAGAUCGGCAAGUCCAGCUUCAUGUACGCCUGGGUGUUGGACGAGACGGGAGAGGAGAGAACCAGAGGCAUCACGAUGGACGUUGGGAGCUCGAGAUUUGAGACGGACAAUAAGAUUGUGACACUCUUGGAUGCUCCUGGCCACAAAGACUUCAUUCCCAACAUGAUUUCCGGGGCGACGCAGGCGGAUGUGGCGCUGCUGGUGGUGGACGCCACGACUGGAGAGUUCGAGACGGGCUUCGAAUCUGGCGGUCAGACGCGAGAGCAUGCACUCCUCGUGAGAUCUCUGGGCGUGAGUCAGCUGGGAGUGGUUGUGAACAAGCUGGACACGGCGAAUUGGUCGCAGGAGCGCUUCGAUGAGAUUGUCGGCAAGUUGCGCGUGUUCCUCAAGCAGGCGGGCUUCAAGGAGAGCGACAUCACGUACAUCCCCUGCUCAGGACUCACGGGGGAGAAUCUUGUGAAGGCGCCUGCGGACGAGAAGCUCCUCAGUUGGUACUCUGGACCAACUCUUGUCAAUGUUAUCGACAACUUCAGGACUCCCGAGCGGUCGGUGGAGAAGCCCUUCCGGUUGUCGGUGAAUGACAUUUUCAAGGGCACCGGCUCAGGACUGUGCAUUUCGGGACGUAUCGAAACGGGCGUAGUUUGCCUCAAUGACAAGGUCCUCGUGUGUCCGUCGCGAGAGCAGGUGCAAGUGAAGGGGAUUCAGAUAGACGAAAUCUCCCACAAUUCAGCCUUCGCUGGGGACCAAGUGAGCAUCUCUCUGUCCGGUGCGGACAUAUCAAACAUCUCGGUGGGCCACAUUCUCAGCGACAUGGCGAAUCCUGUGCCCGUGGCCACGAGAAUCCGCGCCAGAAUUGUGGUGUUCAACGUGCGCGUGCCGAUUACCAUUGGCUUUCCCGUGCUGCUGCACCAUCAAUCGUCCAUCGAGCCUGCCAGCAUCGUGAAGCUGAAGGCGCAGCUGCACAAAGGCUCAGGCGAGGUGAUCAAGAAGAAUCCCCGCUGCCUGGGCAACAACUCGUGCGCCCUCGUCGAGAUCGAGACAAUAAAGGCCAUCUGCGUGGAGAAAUACUCGGACUUCAAGGAGCUUGGCAGGAUCAUGCUUCGCGUGGGCGGAGUCACCAUCGCUGCUGGUCUCAUUACCGAAAUCGUUAAAUAAAUU